CGCUGAGCUGCGCUGGUGAUGGAGGGAGCGCUGUUGAAAUGGACCAACUAUAUUUCAGGUUGGCAGCCACGAUAUUUUGUGUUAGAAAAUGGCAUCCUCUCCUAUUAUGACUCUCAGGACGAUGUGGGCAAAGGCAGCAAAGGCAGCAUCAAGAUGGCUGUAUGUGAAAUCAAAGUGCAUGCAACCGAUUCCACUCGUAUGGAGCUGGUCAUCCCAGGUGAGCAGUACUUCUACUUGAAGGCAGGAGGUGCUGCUGAGAGACAGAAAUGGCUGGUGGCUUUGGGCAGCUCCAAAGCCUGCCUCGGGGAUAGCAGAAGCCAGAAAGAAAAAGAUCUGGACAUAAGCAACGAGUCCCUCGGAAGAAAACUGUCAGAACUGCGUCUAUAUUGUGACGUGCUGACACAGCAAGUGCUAGCUGUGCAGGAUGCAACACAACCUCAAGAGAAUGGAUCUCCUUUGGACAUACAGAAGAUGAAUGAAGCUUCAUCUUUAUUGCGGGCAACCUGCAGUCAGUUCAUCUCUACCCUAGAAGAAUGCAUGAAAUUUGCAAAUACUCGCUUGGCCCCUGAGCUGUAUCAUCCUUCAACAGUUCCUGAGCCUUCUGAUUUUGUGGGCACUAAACUUCCACAUUCCCACCGGGUUAGACGUUCUAUGAGCCACACAGGCAUCGUUUCCUCAGACAGAGUGCUGGAGCCAGCUCGGAUCCCGCCGGUGCCUCCCAAGGGCACUGAGACUGUACUGCGCAACUUGGAGGAGAUGGUGGUGUUCUGCUCACAGCAGUGGGGACAGCAGGGCUCCCAGUCUGGGAGUCCCCCUAGCACCAUAACUGAAGAAGCAGUCAGUAGGAGCCACCACCAGAUAACUGCAUGAGAUUGACCAGGGAAGGGAAAGACGGUGAGUUGGUAGAUAAACCAUUGUUGGUUCAGGAC